AUGCAGCAGCAGCAUCGUCAGCCUGAUCUCGUGGAGGGCAGCCUUCCCGUAUUCGUUUUCCCCACAGAACUCGUCUUUUACGCAGAUGACCAGAGCUCCCACAAACAAGUGCUCACCCUCUACAACCCCUAUGAGUUUGCCCUCAAAUUUAAAGUUUUAUGCACAGCUCCAAACAAAUACAAUGUGGUGGACGCAACUGGAGCCGUCAAACCACAAUGUUGUGUCGACAUAGUGAUCCGCCACAGAGAUGUCCGCUCCUGUCACUUCGGGGUCUACGAUAAGUUCCGGCUGCAGGUGUCGGAGCAGAGCCAGAGGAAAGCGCUCGGUCGGAAGGAGGUGACCGCGACUCUACGGCCUUCCUCCGCACACGACCCGCCCACUCCCAGACCCCCCGACGAGGAGCGCAGGAAAGAGCAUUCAGCCGACUCCGAGUUUUAUGAGCAGACCUAUCAUGCAGAGCCCCGUCCUUCAGCCGGAGGUCCCAGUCUGCUGACCGUGCUGCUGGGCCUGGUCUGUAUGGCCGCCCUCAUGCUGCCGACUCUGGGCGAAAACGAGUCUUCUGUGCCUCUCUACCUCCACUUAAGUGUUAACAAGAAACUAGUAGCAGCUUACGUCCUCGGUCUUCUCACGAUGGUGAUCCUUCGCACAUGA